AUGUCAUCUGUCGAAGAAUGGGUCGAUGAGAAGUUGUAUGAUAUAUUAGGAAUUUCCGACCGUACAAUUACCCGUUUUAUUCUUGCGUUGGCGAAAAAAUCAACGGAUAGCGCCGAUUUGGUUGAGCGUUUACGAAAUACAGAAACUCUGCAGAUAACACCGAAUGUCAUGAAAUUUGCGUCGGAUUUAUUAGCUCGGAUCCCUCAUGCAGAAGUUAAAGCAAAAGAAAUUAAGCGCCUUAAUCAAAGGCUAAAACUGAUUUCUUCCGAUGAAGAAGAAGAAGAUGCUGUUGUUAAAAAACGAAAGGAUAAAAAAUCGAAGAUAAAAAGCGCAAGCGACGAGAUGGAUCGUUUGAAUGCGGAAGAGGAAAAAGAUAUACGAGAACGAGAUGAAUUAGCCGCUAGAAUACGGCAGAAGGAUAAAGAGCGUACACGGAAUGUUGUCGCUCGAAAUGAUAAAAAAGCGGAAGAGGAAGCAGCUAAAAGGCUAAAGCUGGAAAAUGCAGAUAGGGAAAAGAUAAUACCCCAGCUUAGGUAUGAAAGUCGCAAGCAAUAUUUAGCGAAAAGAAAGGUGGAUAAAUUGGAUGAAUUGGAAAAAAUGGUAGAAGAUGAUGAAUUGUAUUUUAAGAACGAAAAUUUGACUGAACGUGAGAAGGCUGAUAUUAAGUACCGAAAAGAUGUAUUAGAGUAUGCAAGGAAGCAUGAUCGCGCUGCUGAUAUAUUGAAUAUUAAAAGAUACCAUGUCCCUGACGCAAAAAUAAAAUCAAUACCAACAGAUUAUAUAGAGGAACCUGAAGAAGCAUCUCGUGGUGAUGGAAGGAGAUGGGAGGAUGAGCGAUUGAGCGCUGCUAUAUCUACCUAUGGAGCAAAAGAUGCGGAUAAGAAGAGAAAUGAAUUUGAAAUGCUUUUUGAAGUAGAAGAAAUCGAUUUCGUUGAAGCACUUCAAAUCCCUGGAACUUCCAGCACAACAGAAGAAAACUCAUUUACAGCAGCACAAAAAAAGAAAUUAUCAAUAGAGGAAACUCGCAAGUCAUUACCAGUAUAUGCAUUUAGAGAACAAUUUAUUGAGGCAGUAUCUGACCAUCAAGUACUUAUAAUUGAGGGUGAAACUGGAUCUGGCAAAACGACACAGUUGCCACAAUAUUUAUUAGAAGCCGGAUUCUGUUCAGACAAAAAAAAAAUCGGAUGUACGCAGCCUCGAAGAGUUGCAGCAAUGAGUGUAGCAUCCCGUGUCGCCGAAGAAAUGAGUGUGAAAUUGGGCAUUGAGGUUGGAUAUUCGAUUCGAUUUGAGGAUUGUACUUCAGAACGGACAAUGAUCAAAUAUAUGACUGAUGGAAUGUUAUUAAGAGAAUUUUUGAAUGAACCUGAUCUUGCUAGCUACAGUGUGAUGAUGAUUGACGAAGCUCAUGAGAGAACUCUUCAUACUGAUAUUUUGUUUGGUUUAGUGAAAGAUAUUGCCAGAUUUCGAAAAGAUUUUAAACUUCUUAUUUCUUCAGCUACUCUUGAUGCUGAAAAAUUUUCUGCUUUUUUCGACGAUGCACCUAUAUUUCGGAUUCCAGGUAAUGAAUGA